CAUGGCUGCCGCAGACCCUGUCCUGCCCCCCGAGGAGGUGGCUUUGCUGGAGCUGGGGGAAGUGGCCCUGGACAAGGUGCCACCAGCCCUGGAUGAACACCUAGAGGACCCUGAUGCCACCCUGCCAUGGGACCGGUGCCAGCACAGCGCCCAGGGCCAGCCAGAGCCUGCAGAGGCAAAGAGGCGCUCGAGUCCCGAGGGGGGCCAUGAAGACCCCAAGGAAGCUGCUCCCACCUGCCCACUAGCCGAGGCUGAAGAGGAUGAGGAAGGCCCUGGGCUGCCCGUGAUGGCAGCCCACGUCUUUGUGCCCAUCGACCCGCAGUGCAUCGAGCAGAGUCCCUGCAAGCAGAAGCAGCACCCUGCUCCAUGGCCCCAGGAGGAAGGCAGGGGGGGCCACAUUCCCCCCAGCAACAGACCCAGCAGCCCUCCACACAGCAGUCUUCCUCCCCUUGGUCCCUCGGUUAUCAGGACGCCGCCCUUGGUUUGAGGGGCGCGUGCCAACGCCCCGGCUGAGGCGCCACAGUGCCCGUGUGCCAGGGACUGUGGCUCCAAUAACCUCAAGGCCGUGGCCUCAGUGGUGGGGGCCCUGCUCCUCUGCCCCUGCCUCAUCUACGGCGCCUAUGUCUUCCUGCCCUUCGACGCUCCGCUGCUGCCCACUGUCAGUGCCCGCCUGGUCUACACGCUGCGCUGCGCCACCUUCGCCACCUUCCCCGUGGUGCUGGGGAUGAUUGUCAGCGGCAUCUCCCGCCUCUGCUCCUCUGCCCUGGAGCCCUUUGGGGAGCUGCAGCGGGAGGUGGAGAUCCACCGCACCUACGUCUCCCAGUCCAUCCAGCUCUUCAUCCUCUACUUCUUCAACAUGGCCGUGCUAGCCACCUACCUCCCUCAGGAGCUCCUCAAGCUCAUCCCGCUGCUCACGGGGCUCUUUGCCAUCUCCCGGUUGAUUUUCUGGCUGUCCUAUGCCAUCAGCCGCUCCUUCCGUGCCUUCGGCUUCAGCAUGACCUUCCUGCCGCUCCUGGCCAUGCUGCUCUGGAACCUCUAUGGCAUGUUUGUCCUGGAGCCUGAGAACCUCCUCUCUGUGGCAGCACCAAAGCCCGAGGGCCUCUCCAAGGAGAGCGGAGCCAAGCUCCGGCACUGGGGGUGAGGGAGGCCCGGGAGAUGGGGGCCUAGACCCUGAGGGCUUGAGCCCUCUUCGCUGCCCUGCCCAGAGAGCCUCGAUGGCACAGGGGUGCUGGCAGAUCCCGCUGGGCCCUUGUUCCCUGCCCAGACAUGGCAAGGUUUUGCUGUGCUGAAACCCUCCCCACCAGGAGUCUACUGCAGGAGGGCAAACAAGGCCUGGAACAAGACCCAACAAGCCCUGUUCUAUGGGAAUGGGGUGAGAUUUGCCUCCCUUCCUGCUGGAGCCGACUUUGUCCAAUAA